AUGGAUAUCGAUAUCAUCCCCCGGAGUUCCCUCUCCCUUAUUGACAUGCCUGAGAAUAUCUGGCUCGAUGUCUUCAGCUAUCUCUCCCUCAAAGAAAAGUUCACCACUGCUGGCACUUGCCGCACCUGGCACCGCAUUCUCGCGGACCCCUCUCUCUACACCCAUAUCUCCCUCGACUACAUGGAGUUCGACACCCUCGUCCUCUGUAUGCAACAGCUUUGCCGCCUUGCCCCCAGGAUUCGCUCCCUUCGCAUCGCCAACUGCCACUCCUCUUUUAUCUCCAAAACCACCGUCCCCAUCCAAAACACCUCGAUCAUGCACCACUUCCCACAGCAUCAAGGCAUGCAUACCUUGCACACCCACAUAACCUCCUUCACCCUCCCGCGUCGCCGCGAGGAAUACCGCAAGCUUGGUUUCACCCUCCACCAGGACUUUUCCCAUGCCCUUGCCAUCCUCAUGGAGCAGAGCCACGAGUCGCUCAAGUCUCUCGAUAUCCAGGACAACUUUCUUGACCUCGAAAUGACAGAACUCGUCUUCUGCAUCGUCCGCUACGGUCGCCACCUUGAACACCUCCUUUACAACGGCAACCGGGAUGGUGGCUUCAUUGCCCCCGAGAUCGUCAGCGCCAUCACCGCUGCCUGCCCCAACAUCAAGAGCUUCCAGGGCCAGCACGCCAUCUCUGAUACCGUCCUCCGUCGCAUGAUGAGCGGUUGGGAGGAGCUGAAGUCGAUCACCCUGGCUCCUUACCAGGUUCCUUCUGUCGGCACCAAGGAAGUCAGCAUGGAGGGUCUCUGGUCGUUACUCGAGUGCGGGAAGGUCGAGUCACUCGAGUUGCUCGAUCUGGAAUGCAUCUCUAACGACAAUGUCAGGACGAUGAUGGAGCGUGUCAAGAAGCUACAGGCCACCAGCUUUGAGCGCGUUGCCAGCUCGCCUCUGAGCCAUCCCUUCGCCCAUCACCACUCCUACUUUGCCACAGCACCACCCACCACCCCCUCCUCCCCUCUCCCCGGCUCAUCGGUUCGCCACUUGACCAUCACCAAGUAUACCUCGACUCCUCUCACACUCCCUGGCUUUGGUGCAUUGCUCAAGCUCUUCCCCAACCUUGAGUCGUUCAAGUUCACCACCAACUUUUUCACCUAUGACCACCACUUCCUAGGCCUCAUCCGGGAUAUCUACGAGAAGGAGAUCGUGAUGGUCGAGCGCAUGAUCCGGACAGAGAUGACCGAUCGCUGGGGUGCCACUCGCGCUGCAGCAUGCUGGGAGGGCGAGUGGAAUGCAACAGUGAAGGAAGAGCAGCGCCUUCGUGCCAGCAUCCUUCGAUCUGUGUAA